AAUAAUUUGCAAAAGGGAAACACCUAACAUCUUGCCAUUCUGGAAGAAAAGCAUGCAGGAUGCCAUAUUUUGCUGUCCCCCCCCCCCAUCAAGAAAACUCUUUUACCAAAAGAAAUCAUCUCUCUUAGCUCUCAAGAAAUCCAAAGGCAACCAACACACCCACUACAAUAGGCAGAAGAAGUGAGGGCAAGACUAGAAAAGGAAGACCAACUUACAGAUCUGAUUUUGCCUUUCAGCCAUCUUCCUCAAAACUCACAACCAUAAGCGCAGCAGCAGGAAAUGAGAGGGUAAGAAAAGAAAGAGAAGAAAAUGCCAUUGAAGAAUCUCAUCUUUGUCCUUUUCAUUAUUUUCUCAACCAUUUCCCUCCUUACAGUCUUUAAAUUUACAAACAUUAGUUCACCCCCCAUCCUUCUCCCUUCUCCACUCCUUUCAAAUUCAUGUGCUUCUACAAAUUCUGUACCUGUGAAACGCCUGCCUCAUGUAUCACAUAUAAUGAAACCUUAUGCCAGGCCCCCUGAAGACAUCCUCAGCUUAAAAGAGCACCAGCUCCUCAAAAAUUUUAUAACCCACAAAGCCCCCUGCAACCUCCUUUUCUUUGGACUUAAACCACAAUUCCUUGACCUUGCCAUCUUCAAUACUGAAGGUACUACUAUCUUUCUAGAAGACGACUUCGAAAAGCUCAGAACUCGAAAACUCAAAGGCAUGCAGGUCUACAUGGUUAAAUACCAUAAGAAAGCUAGUGAAGCAUACGAGCUACUUAAGCAUGCUAGAACAAACCCUGCCUGCACACCACAAGAAGGUCUCCUCCAUAGAUCACAUUGCAAGCUAGCACUCACAGGGCUGCCAGGCAUAGUGUGCAAGAGAAAAUGGGACGUGGUGGUCAUCGAUGGACCAAGAGGAGACCGACCAGAGGCACCAGGCAGGAUGGAGGCAAUCUACACGGCUGCCAUGAUUGCUAGAGCUGGUAACACAACAGAUGUUUUUGUCCAUGACAUAGAUCGGAUGAUUGAGAAGUGGUACUCUUGGGAGUUCUUGUGUCAUGAAAAUUUGGUUUCUUCCAAGGGAAACCUAUGGCAUUUUAGAAUAAAAGGAAACUCCUGGUCUGCUAGGUUUUGCUCUGAGGCUCCACCUCUGAUUCAGUAGGUAUGUUCCUAUUUUUCUUUUUCACCUUACAGAUAUGAAAUCAUUUGUUGAUUAUGAAACCAUAUUUGGAUCAAAAAUAGAGUCUUGAGAUGUAUGGAAUGUCUUAGCCAAGGACAGACUUGAUCAAUGCGAUAUUUGAUUGGCACCAUCAUUUAGGUCAAAGAUGUGACAACAGAAAGCACAAUUACAGGAAUAUGAGCAAAUUGCACAUUCUUGUUAUUUCUGAUUUCUGAGUCUAGGUACCUGAAGAGCACAAAUGAAGA